UCCGCCAGUCAGCGCAGCCGCCGGCGUCCUGCGCUCCCUGCGCCUCUCCGCCGCCCCGCGCCGGGCGAUGCUGCUUGGCCCGGCCGGCCAGGGGCGGCCCCGCUCCCCCUUCUGCGCCCACUGAACCGACCGCCGAACAGGUGCGCCUGGACCGGGGAGAGCUCGCGGGGGAGAGGCUGGCCGGCGCGGGGGGAGGGCGGCGGUCCCGGCCUUGGCACAGCCUGACGAUCCCGCGUGGCUCUCCAGCCCCCCCACUUCCUUCACCACUCGCCCCCUUUCUUCUCCCUCCGUCGCUGGAUGUUUCCAUUUUCUCCCCGGUUCUCGCGUGUCUGUCCGCCUUUUGUCGCCAUUCACGGUAUCUCUCUCUCCUCCCCCCCUCCUUUUAAUAAUUUCUCUUAAAAAACCGCUCGCCUGCCGGAUUCCAGCCCAUCACUGACCCGCUUCGUUUUUAAAGCGGUGUUUGGCACGAACUUCCAGACGCCCCCCUUUCUUCCCUCCAGCCCCCCACCCCACCCCCCGCCGGCCAUCGCUCGCCCCCCGCGCCAGUACCGUGUGCGGCCAGCCUGGGGGAUGAAGGCGCCUCUGUGAAGCCCGGCCAUGGAAGGAUCCAGCGGCUCCAGUUUUGGAAUAGACACGAUUUUGUCCAACCCCAGGUCCGGCAGCCCGGGCGGGAUGAACGGCGACUUUCGGGCGGUCCACGGCGAGGCGCGGGCGGCGGAUUUUCGCAACCAGGCCACGCCGUCGCCCUGCUCGGAGAUCGACACGGUGGGGACGGCGCCCUCGUCGCCCAUCUCGGUCACCGCGGAGCACCCCGAGCAGCCGCACCUGGCGCCAGACGCGCUCCCCCCGCCGCCGCCGCCGCCGCCGCCUCCUCCUCCGCAGCACCUCCACCUCCACCACGGCCAGCCGCCGCCGCCGCCAAGUUUGCAGCCCUCCCCGCAACAGCAGCAGCAGCAGCAGCAGCAGCAGCCCCCGGGCAGCUCCGGGCCGCGGACUUCCACCUCCUCGUUCCUCAUCAAGGACAUCCUGGGGGACAGCAAACCGCUGGCCGCCUGCGCCCCGUACAGCACCAGCGUGGCCUCGUCGCCCCACCACACCCCCAAAGCCGAGGCCAACGCGGCCGCCGAGACCUUCCGGCCCAAACUGGAGCAGGACGACGCCAAGAGCAAGCUCGACAAGCGCGACGACGCCCAGAACGAGCUCAAGUGCCACGGGACGAAAGAAGAAGGCGAUCGUGAAAUUACAAGCAGCCGGGAUAGCCCCCCUGUGCGAGCCAAGAAGCCCCGCAAGGCGCGGACGGCCUUCUCGGACCAUCAGCUCAACCAGCUGGAGCGCAGUUUCGAGCGGCAGAAGUACCUGAGCGUGCAAGACCGCAUGGACUUGGCGGCCGCCCUCAACCUGACCGACACCCAGGUCAAAACCUGGUACCAAAACCGGAGGACCAAGUGGAAGCGGCAAACGGCCGUGGGGCUGGAGCUGCUGGCCGAAGCUGGGAAUUAUUCGGCUCUGCAGAGGAUGUUCCCGUCGCCCUAUUUCUACCACCCCAGCUUGCUGGGCAGCAUGGACAGCACCACGGCCGCCGCAGCCGCCGCGGCCAUGUACAGUAGCAUGUACCGGACUCCGCCUGCUCCUCACCCCCAGCUCCAGCGGCCUCUGGUCCCCCGCGUGUUGAUCCACGGCCUGGGGCCCGGGGGGCAGCCGGCCCUCAACCCCUUGUCCAACCCCAUCCCGGGGACCCCUCAUCCGCGGUGAAAAAGCUCCCUGGCCUCCCUCUCCCUGGCUCCCCCCCAAGUCCAGCCAACAGACUGCACCCCCCCCCCCCAAAGCCAAAAGGAGUUAUUGAGAAGGGGGGCGGAAGAGACGCGGGCGGGGAGUCAAACGGGGGAGAUCUUCUUCAGGCAGCCCCCCCAAAGCCGGUCGGCUUAAGAGCGCAGAGACUCUGGAACCAGUACGUGAAGCCCGCAUCCCCUUCGCGGGGACCGGGGGUGGGGUGGAGAGGCUCUAGAAGAGAGAGACAGAGAACGAGAAAAGAAAAAAAGGAGCGCGACCGAGAGACCCGGCCAGAUACUACAAAGACUCUGGAGUGACACAAAGGAGAGAGAGAGAGAGAGAGAGAGAGAGAGAGAGAGAGAGAGAGAGAAACGAUGCCCCCUCCCCCAACCUAGAUCUCAGAAGACCAGGAAGGGGGCUGGGCUGGGCUGGGGGGGAACGGAGAAGUUUGCACUGAAUUCUCAUGACCUUUUUUCUUACUGAAAAGUGGCAUGCUCCGUAUUCUAUAAAUAUAUAUAUAAUAUAAAUAUAUAUAUAUAGAUAUAAAUUAUGUACAGUUUGAACAGGCCGGAGUGCGAAGUGAUAUAUCAUAUUUAUUAUAUGUUGUCCCCUGAAAACAAAAGUCACUUAUUAUGCAUUAGUUAAAAAACAACAACAAAGAACAAACAACAAAGAAAUUUUUUUCCUCCUCUCCUCUCUCCUUUUUCUUUUUCUUUUUUUUGAUUCAGUAAAACAAAUGUUUAGAUGAUAAAAAAGUAUAGAUUUUUUUGAGGACUGAAAAUGGCAAAAAUGAAGGGAAGAAAAAGAAAUAAACUUUUAUCUUUU